AUGAAGCGGCAGCCACCACUCACUCGCGGCGGCGGCGACGGCGCGCCGGCCGGCGAGAGCGGGAGCGGAGGAGGGUUCAAGAAGGGGAAGGGGAAAGGGAGGUGGGGCGGCGGGAGUCGGAGGCGGAACGAGCAGCGGCUGGGCGUCGGCGGCGGCGGGGCGCUCUCCCUCGCCGCCUUCGCCAGCGCCAAGUCCCGGACCACUGGCUACAACCCUGCCCUCAUCAAGAAGCAAAGGGAAUUCUACAAGAAUGCUAAAUUAAUUAGCAAGUACAAAAAGACAAAGAAGCUACAAAGUCAGUCAAACAACCAUCCUGAAAUUCCAAUCCAUGAGGAUGGUGGUGACGCUGCCCAAGAUGUGCCAAAGCCACCUCAUAAAGGCAAGAAGCGCACUGCGCAUAGUUUGAAGGAAGAGUAUGAGAAAAAACGCGCAGAGGAUGAGAAGGCUAAGAAGGAGCAGGAUGCAGUAAUUCAGGCGAAGAGGGAACAUCGGGAGAAGUCUGAGGCAAAGCGGAAAGAACUGAGGGAGAAGAUGUUCAAGAAGACAAGAUCUGGCCAACCUGUGAUGCGAUACCUUGUAAAUUUUUGCAUGCCUAUGAUUGUGGAAACAGUGGAUGGAGAGGUUGGACGAUCAUGGUAUGCCAGCCUCGUGUUCCGCAUUGCCACGGUGGGGCUGUCGCUGGCGUCGGCCAUCAUGACGUACGCCUCGACGCAGUGCGUACGUGUACCGGGACAACGCUCCGCCACCGUCUCCUCCGCCGACUACGCGUCCUUCAAGUACUCGGCGGUCACGGACCUGCUGUCAGCGGUGCUCCAGGGCGUGGCGAUCUACCUGGAGGCGACGAGGAAGGACAGGGCAGCCUGCAGCGCCGUGGAGCUGAUCGACAAGCUGGUGCAGGCGCUCACGUCCACGUCGGCGGCGCUGCUGCUCGCCGUCGACGACAUCACCUCCUGCGGCAUGCCGCCACGCGCCGGGGGUCGUGGUCGUCAGCGCCAGAGCGGCCUCUGCGGCCAGGUCGGCGCGUUCUGCGGCCGGGUCCGCGUGUCGUCCGCGUUCUCCAUCGCCGCGACCGUGUCCGUGUACACCAGGCACGUCCCCGUGGAAGCCAUGCUGGCGCCGGCGGCGACUGACGUGAAUGUCAACGUCGAGCAUAGACACCAGGGCAGAAGGGGGAAGAAGGAAGCAGAAGAGAAACCUAAGGUUGUUGAAUUGAUCGUGCCGGAGAAGAAGACAGAAGAAGUGAAGACGAAGGAGGACACAAAGGAGAAAUUAAAGAGAAGAAAGGUCAGGACCAAGUUAAGAAGGACGAGGAGGGCGGCAAAGAGAAGAAAAAGGACGACGAAGCAGACGAGGACGAACAGUGCUGCUGGUCGACGCUGCAGACACAGGCUUGUACGCCGCCGGCGACGAUGCCGCCACCGUGGUGCCGGUGCCCGAGGCUGA